AUGGCUCCAUCAAAUGACAAAGACACAAAUGCAAAUGAACUCCCGCCAAAUUUUACGUUUACCCGUGAUGAUCCCUUCUACUUCGGUCCUUCCACAUGUCAUCUGAUGCAUUACACUCCUGCUGCUUAUAUGGCUGGUAUUAUCGAUAUGUUGAUGUUGUCCGGUUGCUCAUUGUGGUUCUGGCAGCUACAUAGCGUAAACCAUUCGAUGGACACAUGGGUUGUGAUGUGCAUGUUCGCUCUAACAGCUGGAGGAAUUUUCACCACGGCUUUGAUGUUCUACGGCCUCAAAACCGAACAAGCACGGUUAGUAGCGCCAAAAUUGGCAUUUAUCCAGCUAGAGAUUUUCAUUUUAAUGAUUUUUGCUGCUGUGUCUAUCGUUGCUAUGUCCUUUGGUAUAAAUCUGACACAUCAACUUUUCGGGAUUUUUGUUAGAGUACCAGAAAUGGAACGUGAUUUUGGCCCGAUUUGGCCAUUCAAUAUCGGUGUUAUCUCAUUCUUUGCUGCGGCAGUGUGCAUUUGGAUGCGAGUGUUGAUAGGCAGUGCGAUGGAUUUCAUAUUGGAUAAGCAGUUCUUUACUGAUGCUCCAUCUAUCGAGAUGGAGAAGACGUUGCCAAGACCAGAAUAA